CAUUUUCCAAUUGUGUGUUUGUGGUUUUACUUGCUAUUAGAGGUGUAUAUAAUUUGAUAUUUUUUCUUAGUCAAUUUUGUCAUAGUUGUAUUUUUUAUUUAUAAUUUUAUUUUUUAAUUUUAUAAUAAUUUUAUUUAAUUUUAUAAUUUUUAUUAUGAUUAUAUUUUUCUUAAUUCAGAUUGGCAACAGAAUAGGCUGUUGGAUAAUAAUCUGUAUAUACUGAAUUAGAAGCACAAAAAAUGGGAAUACUGAAGAAAUUUGGUCUCACUGUUGCUGCAUCUGUUGUGUUGUUUGGAUACAUAAUACACAGACCUAUACCACAUGAUGUGCCGCAUAGAUUCAAAUACCAAAUGCUCAUUAAUCUCCAGUCUAUGUUGGAAUUAUUAGCAACUGCAACCGAGAAGUUAGGCUACAGCAGAUGGUGGCCUUAUAGACCAAGUAUACCCUUUCCUUCCACUUUACCAGAUGGGAUGAAGGUGGAGAAUGAAAUGCUUGGUGGAGUGGAAACUGUCAUCAUAACACCAAGAAGUUUCCAAGGAAAAAGGGAACCUGGUCCCGCUAUCAUUUUCAUCCAUGGAGGAGGGUGGGUGAUGGGGAGCAUAAAUGGCACCGCAACGUUGUUAAUACAAGCAGCUGAAGAAACGGGAUUUGUCGUCAUGUCUCCUGAGUACAGAUUAGCCCCCGAACACCCAUUUCCAGCCCCAUAUGAUGAUUGUAUGAACUCUACCAUCAGUUUCAUGAAAUCAAGCAAACGUUUUAAUGUUGAUCCAAAAAGGAUAAUUCUUUCUGGGGAUAGUGCAGGUGGCAACUUAGCAAUGGCUGUUUACAUUGGUUUAAUUGAGAUGCAAGCCUCAGAUCCUACAGUUAAACUACCAGCCAUGCAAGCUCUAAUGAAUCCUUUGUUACAACCACUAAACUUCAUGACCUCAAGUUACCAACAUUAUCGAGAGUUGAUGUUCAUGAAUAACUUGGCUCCAAAGUUUUUGCUUGCUUAUAUUGGUUUAAACGAUCGACCUGAAUUAGCUGAUGUUGUAGCAAGGAAUUCACAUGUGGAUAAAUCUGAUGUUGAAUUAAAAGAAAAAUGGAAUCUUGUUUCUCCGAGCCUUAUCCCUGAUAAGUACAAACAAGGAGGCAAAGUAUUUGAAUUAGAUGAUGUAGUUUAUGAUGAUACCUUGGAUGGUGAUGUGAGGAAACUCAUGAAACAAAUGAUUCUAAAUACAAAGAUAUCUCCUUUGCUUGCAUCCAAUAAAAUUAUAUCGAAAAUAAAGAAAACUUUGGUUUUGGUUUGUGAGUAUGACCCACUGAGAGAUGACGGGAUUCUACUGGUUGAAAGGAUUAGGUCACUUGGUGGCAGUGCUGAGCUGCAGCAUCUUCCCACUAGUUUACAUGGAGUUUCUAAUAUGGGGGCUGCAUUGCCCGGCAGUUAUUAUCAUCAACAAAACAAAAUCUUUUUCAAAACUGUAAAGGAUGCUGUUUCAACUGAUUGAUAAAGGCACAAAAGCACUCAAGCACUUUCACAUACAGGGCUGAAGCUGUAACACCAAACCUCUUUGAACUUUAUUAUAAAUAACUAAACUAAUCAAUUACAUUCACUGCAUUAGGUUUAAAAAGUUUAAAAAUACAGGCAGAAUGGUAUACUUAAAAUAUUUACCCUGCUUUCUGAAUACAAUUUAUUUGGGGUCCAAACCAAACGCAUUGUUGGUUAUAUUUAAGCAUAUUGUUGUUGCGUAUAUACCUCAGUAAACCGUUUUUUGUGUGUUCUACCUUCUAUUGCUGCUUACUUCUAUAUUCAGUUUAUUCAUCUAUUGCACUAAUAAAUUAUAUGCAAUGUUAAAUUUAGGCAUGUAUACAACAUAUCUUUUUUGCGGUAAGCAGCUUUUUCUGUCUAUUUAGUUGUUUUUACCAAUGUGAAUGUUAUUAUUGCAGUGGUAAAUGAGAUUUUAAUUUCUAUUUUUUAUUUUAAUUUGAACUGCUUAUCUUAUAUCCAGAUACAAAGCUGUUUUAUUUUAAAAUAAUUAGUUUACUGCUUUUGUUAUUCAGA